CAGGUCUGUGCUCCGACGGCUGCACCCGACUCCUCAGGCUCUGGCAUCGUCACAGAGGCCACGGAGCGGUCGAUCUCACAAGAAGAUCCCUUUCCCACGGCGACUCUGGCGACAACCCCCCGAGCUGAGACGAGGACUCCUGUGGCCGCCCGCGAGGAGCCAACACCCAGCGCCGAUUUCGAGGUGCCAAGCUGGGCCGCAGCGCUGCCACCCA